AUGGGCGGUGGAAGCGGAGGAGGCAGCAUGUUAAGGGUGGUUGGUCGGGCAGUUGCUAGGGCUGGCGUUACUAAUCUUCAAGAACCCAUCUCGACAAACUCAUCAUCUUCUAACACUACUACCACCACUACUGUUACUUCACCGAGAGCAACCAGAAAGCUGAAUUCUUCUAGUAAUAAUAAUUUGAGUCUUUCUUCUUCUGGUUCUGCUUCUAGUGUUCCUAUCUCUGCUAAUUCUGUUGGAUCCAUUUCCACUUGCUGGCCUUCUUUUGCUGGUUCUUACGGUGAUGAUUAUGAGUGGGUUUCUGUUGAUGGAGAUGAAGACGAGAGGCCUGUUGGGUUUAAUGAUGAUUUUGUUUUGGGUCCUGUUCCUUCCAUUGAUGAAGUGCAUGAAGCUAUCACUGCCCUAACCCAUGAUGGUGACAGGUUUGACAAGUGCCCUGGCUUAUCUCAACAAGCAAAGUUCCUUAAACAGGUUGUAUUUGAUGCCCCCUCGUAUCCCCAACUCAUCAGAGAUAAAUUUGCAUGCACUGUGGACAAGGAUUUAGCUGAUCAAAUUUCAAGCCCAACCUUGCUGAACCAAAUUUCUUCAGUUGGAUCAGAGUUGGAUUGGAAGGAGCCUUCUCCUGUUCUGCGUAAUCCAAGAGCAUUGCACUCUUAUGGAUCUCACAGGGUUCACGAAGCUUUCUGUUUGUUGCAGACGGAGCCAUCUGUUCAGAAAAUGGUUGUCUCAUUAUCUUCCGAUAAAGCUGUUUGGGAUGCUGUUUUGAAUAAUGCUGUUGUUCGGGAGCUGCGGGAAACCUACUCUGCAGAUGAAAUCACCGAUCAACUGACAUCUGAGAGCUCGGAUGAGAGUAGUGAGGAAUCCAGUCCAGCUUUGAAUUUUGUGAAGUGGAUAUUUGAUAACACAAAAACGAGAGCCAUGGAAGUAAUCGAGACAAUAGCAAAGCUGGUGAACGAGCUGUUUAAGCCACCAGCUGAUGAGAAGACAGCAGCAGGAGGCAAGGAUCAAUUUGUGGAUAUGCUGAGAAGCUCAUUCCUGCUUUCCAUAAUGGUCCUGCUGAUUGUGGUUGUGACUCGAGCCCAGAAGGCUUGA